AUGCCAACUCUACGACGCAGAGGCGAGGCCGCGCGGACCGUCGACGAGGUCACGACGCGCGCGAUCGAGCCCAUCGCGAGCCACCUCGAGUCUCUCGAGACGGCACCCGACGGUACGGUCGAGGCACUGGGCGUCGUCAAUGACGCCACGGAGGUGGCGGCGGCGGCGGCCAAGGAGUCGGAGGCCACGCAGAUCAGCGAGAGGGAUCGCGACCAUCAGCACCCGAGGCGCCAGCGCUCGCACCUGCCGGCUGCUUUGCAAUUCCCGCUCGUCACGGUGCUGAGCUUUAGCAUCUCGAGUUUGUGCUACAGCUUCCUCAGCGAGUGGAGCCGCGGAGAGCUGGCGGGGAUCUCUAAGAGCUUGGACGCCUGGGGCGAGGUCGCGACACUAGCUGGAUGGCGCAUAUUCGAGCUCGCGCUGGGCUGGUUCGGCAACUUCGAUAGCUACGACCUCGCUGCGCUCAACUUGCUUGCGCAUGGCCCUUCGGUCUACCUGAUUGCCACGUUUUACAACAUUAGCCCCGCGACCGCCAUCUCGGCCUUGGGCAUUGAGAUGCUGUCAACAUUUGUGCCUUUCCAGCUUCUGAGGCCCUUGUCGGGCGCGCAUGCCGGCGCAAAGAACGUCGCCAACCGUGAGAUUAUCACCGACAUCCCGAUUCAGAUCUACACCACUGUUCUGGCGGCGGCCCUCUACAGCCUCACCCUGUUCACCGCCUACAAGACAUACCUGCCUACGACCCUCGUACUCUACUUUCAGGGUCUGCCCAGUCUUGCACCGGCCUACAGCACCAACUUUCUAGCCACACUGCCUGUGACGAUUGCCUUUGGCAUUGCCGCGAAAUCCUUCAUCUUCACACCCUUAGUUGCAACUGGCGAAACUGCCGAGGACAACAAGCUGGCCGAGUUCGACCCUGCGACGGCUACUCUGGGCGAGACUCUGGCGUGGAACAUCUGGGGUUAUACGACGCGGGAAAAAGUUGGCAUCCUGCGAACGGCCGUGGUCAUGCUCGUCACUGGCGUAAACACCUACCUUCAGACUUUCAUGACCAUCAACGGCGUCGAGUCAUACGGUGCGUCUCUGUAUGCUAGCGCCUGGGUUGCCGCCGCGUUCUUGACAGGUGCCGGCCUUGCAUUCGUCGGCGGCGGAGACGCAUGA